AUGGAAGGGCCAAAAACCCUGGGACCCUGUGGCCACUCCCACCCCCAGUGUCCCCAACCUCCAGCUUCAAGCAGCCAUGGUAGAUGCCUGGACCCACCCUGCCAGGGCUUUGUAAGGUGGCCCUGCCUGGGGCCUCUCAGCUCCACCCACUCAGUGGAGUCUGCCAGGCCCUUCCCAGCCUCAGUGGCAGGGGCUGGGGUGCCCAGAGUCGAUGGGGAGGUACCUGGGAGCUUUAUCACAAAUGAAGAGGGAGAGAUGCAGCGACAGAGGGCAAGAGAGGCAGUGGGUGCAAGACAAGGAAAAACAGAGGCCAGGCUGGAAUGGGGCUGGCCUCUACACCCAGGCCGAGAGCAAAGGACAUCCAGGCAGGGAGCAGGGCCCAGCUCAGGGCCCCGACACUGCGUGUGCCCGCCCCUGCCCCCAGGAGCUGGGACCCCGGCCCUGUCCAGGGCACCACCCUCCCAGCUCCCCAAUGCACCCCUGGGUCCCGCAGAGCAGUCCUUCCUGCAGUUGGAGCAGGAGAACCAGAGUCUGAAAAGGCAGAACCAGGACCUGCAGGAGCAGCUGGGGGCCCUCCUGGGGCCCGGGCAGCAGUUCCUGUCCCUGUGCCCAGAGCACUCGAGCUGCACGGCCCUGGCCUGGCCCCCUGAGCAGGCUGGAGCCCGGCCCCUGGAGGACAGGGCCCCUCUGCAGCUGCUGCGGCAGGAGCUGUGCCGGGGAGAAGAGUCAUUCAUGCAGCAGUCCCAGAACGAGCUGCAGCAGAUCCGACUGUCCUUUGAGAGGAAGAAGAUGGCCAUUACCGAGGUGUGGGAUGGCGUGGCUGAGGUACACAUGGCCCUGAACAACCAGGCCACCGGGCUCCUGAACCUCAAGAAGGACAUCCGGGGUGUUCUUGACCAGAUGGAAGACAUCCAGCUGGAGAUUCUGGGGGAGCGGGCCCAGUGCCGCACCCAGGCGAGGAAGGAGCAGCAGAUGGCCUGCAUAGGGAAGGCACGGCUGCAGCCAGGAUGUCCUGAAGGCCUCAGAGGCCAGCUCUGGCUACUGGCCCUGAGGCUGCUGCUGGGCACCCUGCUGGCCUGCACCGCCGCCUACGUGUACGUGGUGGACCCUGCGCCAUUCGAGGGGCUGGUGCCGCCCCUGCUGAGCCGCGCCGCCGUCUGGAAGCUCCGGGCCCUGCUAGGCCCAUUCCUACGCCUUGAGGUGGACGACUUCCUGCCCUUCUAG